AAUCGUGGUAGCCUUCGUCUUCGUCUUCGUCUCACCGUCGUCGUCUUCGUCUUCCUUUUGUCGCGUUCGUCUUCGUCUGCCACUCUGCUCUCUGAUCGCCGUCGCCGUCGUCUGCUCGGUGCAGGUCAGUUCUCAGUGCUCGCGUUGUCUCUUUUUUUUGUCACGACAGCGCCGCCGUGCUUGUUCGCGUCGCGGUGGAGCACACCCGAAGAACCACUAGCGCCACCCUCGUUCAUCGCGCCACCACCGUUCUUCGCACCUCCGUCCUUGUUGCCAUUCACCGAGGCACCGACCUUGGUGCCAUUGCUUUGCUCCGCCAUGCGACAACAGAUCCAAACCUUGCUAACACCCCCUAACACCCUCGGAACGUCUCCCUAGACUCAAACUUCUCUCUUCUCUCUCACUGCCCAUCCCACUAGUCUCUCUCUCAAUCUCACUCGAGUUUCGUCUCAGUCACACUUGCCGGCGUCUCUCGUUCGUCUCGCGGCCUUCCUCGUCGUCUCACUCAAGUCUUCUCCCUAGGCUUCUCGUCGCAGGCGGCAGAGGCAACUCCUGGGGUCGUAGCUUGCUUCAUGCCUUCUGUGGGGUCGUCUUCUGGUUUCUGCUCGCCGUCUUCUGGUUUCUGUUCAUCGUCGUCGCCGUGGACUGUUAGUGUUUCAAUUAAAAACAAAUGAGAAUAUGGUUCUUCAAUCAGAGAGUUUAAGAGGUUCUUUAGUCCCUCCUCAGCCACGUUCCUCCUCAUCUCGAGGCCACUGCCGAGCAGGCUCGCUGGUCCGCCGCAUGGUCUCUCUCUCUUGCUUUCACGAAGCCACUGAUCAGGAUCACAGGUUCCUUGCGUUGUCUAUCUCUCCCUCUCACAAAGCUGCUGCCGUUGCCGCCGUCCUCUCGCAGGUCCAUCCCCCUUUCUCAUUUGCAGUGCAGUGAAGAAAAUUCAUGUGAGUGGCAGAGAGAUCAAAUAAACAAGACUGAGGUUGCUUAUAGGUUAUGCUGUAAUGACAAGUGAAGAUUCUUGUUCAUUGUGUGUUCCGAUCCAUAAAUUCAAUGAUAUGGAGUAUGGGGGCCUAUGACAAAAGAACUCAGGCCAAAGUUUGAUGCCUUUACAUUUCAAGUGAAUUCUCAAUUCGGCUUUCAUAUUCCAGAGAUUCAGAUUUAAUAUCUGCUUGUGUGCUACCCAUGGUUCGUAGACUUUCAUCCUAUUCUUCCAAUGAGUUCAUUCUUUCACUAUCAACCUCCAAAAUUUCACCUUUCUCAAAAAUUUCAAUUUUAUCAACAUCAUCAUUAUCAUCAUUAUCAUCAUCAUCAUCAUCUUCUUCUUCUUCUUCUUCUUCUCCUCUGCCUCCUCCUCCUCUAGCCCCUGAUCAUGUCUCUCAUUGUAAACCAAUUUUUAGUCCCUUCUACCAUCUCCUUCCUCAUACCCAAAACCCUAACAAAAUAGUCAACCUCAUCUCUUCAACCUUGAAGCAAAAAAGUCCCAACCUUUCACUUCUUCAGAAUGAUAUCAGAGCUAUUCUCCCCAAAUUGGGUGCCAAUCAGAUCUCAAGGAUCUUACUUAGGUCCCAAUCAGAUUACUCUUCAGCUCUCACCUUUUUCAAUUGGGUUAAGCAUGAUUUGGGUAUUAUACACACUGUUCAGAACUAUUGCAUAGUUAUUCACAUACUAGCAUGGUCUGGAAUAUUCUCUGAGUCUAUGAAUUUGUUGUCUGAAUUGAUACAAUUGGUUGAGGUUCAGAGUUUUGCCCCAAAUGAAGACAUUCAUCAGAAUUUGGCUGUGUGUGCUGAAAAUUGUAAUUGGAAUCCAGUGAUCUUUGAUAUGCUUAUCAAGGCCUAUGUUAAGGUUGGUAUGAUUGAGAAGGGUUUAGAAACUUUUCGGAAGAAUGUUGAGGCUUGUUUUGUGCCUAGUGUAACUGCUUGCAAUUGUUUACUUAGUGGUUUGUCUAAGUUUAACUAUGAUGGUUAUUGUUGGGAAGUAUAUGAAGAGAUGGGAAGACUUGGGAUACAUGGGAAUGGUUAUACUUUCAAUAUUUUGACCCAUGUUUUGUGCAAAGAUGGUGAUUCGGAUAAGGUGAAUGGGUUCCUGGAUAAAAUGGAGGAAGAAGGAUUUGAACCUGAUUUGGUGACAUAUAAUACACUGCUUAAUAGUUAUUGUAGGAAAAGAAGGUUGGAGGAUGCAUUUUAUCUCUAUAAGAUCAUGCACAUUAGAGGCGUGAUGCCUAACUUGAUUUCGUUUACGGCCUUGAUGAAUGGCCUUUGUAAGGAAGGGAAGGUCAAGAAGGCUCAUCAACUUUUCCAUCAGAUGGUUCAUAGUGGGAUAGAUCCAGACAUUAUUUCAUAUAACACUCUCAUAGGUGGUUAUUGCAGAGAAGGAAAGACACAAAUGUGUAGAUUGCUAUUGCACGAAAUGAUAGGAAAAGGGAUUUGUCCCGACAACAUCUCUUGUCGGCUUGUCAUUAAAGGAUAUGUAAAGGAUGGAAAGUUGGCAUCUGCCUUGAAUUUGGUUGUGGAGCUUAAGAGAUUUAGAGUUAAGAUUCCUGAAGAUUUACACGAUUAUCUUCUAGUUGCAUUGUGUAAAGAACGUAAACCAUUUGCAGCUAGAAGUCUUCUGCAGAGGGUAUCCGAGGAUGGUGGCUAUACACCUAAAGUGAGUACCUAUAAUGAAGUUGUGGUGUCUCUAUGUAAAUUCAAUAACGUGGAAGAGGCAAUCGUAUUGAAAUCUGAGAUGGCAAAGAAGGGCAUGAGUCUUAAUCUCAGUGCCUAUGGAGCUAUUAUACGCUGCUUGUGCGAGGCAAACAAGACUACGGAAGCUGAAGGUUUGUUGGAGGAAAUGGUUUGUUCUGGUAUUCUCCCUGAUCUAGAAAUAUGCAGAGUGUUUGUAAAUGGCUAUUGCAAAGAACAAAAUGUCGAACAAGCUGUUUUGUUGCUGAACUUAUUUGCUAAGGAGUUUCAAGUUUAUGAUACCGAAAGCUACAACGCAGUUGUCAAAGUCUUUUGCGAGGAUGGUAAUGUGGCCGAGUUGAUGGAGCUUCAGGAUAGGCUGCUCAAAGUUGGGUAUGUUCCGAACAGCCUAACUUGUAAGUAUGUGAUCCAAGGAUUGCAGAAAACUAUGGUACUAGAUGAUGAGUUAUUGGACCAAACCAUGCUUGAAACCUAGUAAUAGUAUUGUCCUAAUCUAGGAUUGUACCCCUCCCACUUAGCCAAUUUUUUAGCCAUGAAUGCCCCAGGGCAAUUCUUAACAAUGUCUCAGCCAAAUUCAUAAUUUAAUUAUGAGAGAUACAUAAACAUAAUUAUACUAAUAUAUAGAUAUAUAGAUGCUUAUCUAUAUAUUGUUUA